AAAUAUACCUAUUUUUUGAGAAAAGCCAUUUAAAAUGGAUAGAAAUGAAAAAAAUAUUCAACCAAGUACAUCGGAUGGUAAAGAAAAUAAGAGUGAUUCAAGAAAAUAUAAUUUUUAUAGAAAGCCAUCAAUAAAGAAAAAAGGGCCAGAAGUAAGACAAACUCUUACAAGUUACAAGAGAAUGUUAAAAGCUAACCCUUUAUUGAAACAUGAACUGGAAGGAAAAGAUUUAUCUUUAUUGAGUAGACAGUCUCAAAUUUCUGGAAGUGGUCAGAAUAAAACUAAAAAUACAGCUAGCACAAACAAUCGACCAGAAAAACAGUCACUGCAGGCAAAUUUUAACGAAGGGAAACCUUUAAUUACAAAAGUUCAGAGAUCACAAUCAGUUAAGAACCCUCCAAAAUCAUUACAGCCUGUGAAAAAAGAGGCUUCAUCUAUUUUAUGUGGAAGUAAACAACUGAGAGGUAAAAAUAUAAGUUCCACGAAUAUCUCAAGACAAUCCAACGUUGACUUUAAUCCAUGCACAUCAAGAUUUUUAUGCUCAACUCGUUUAGAAAGUAAUUGUUCCAAAACUGCAAAAGAUAUCGUAGCAAGUUGUAAAACUGAUAAACAGAAGAUCAGAACCCAAGAUAAUCCUGUUUCUAACAGUGGAAAAUCAACAGAUCUGAAUCAUAAUGAUAGACCUACAAAGAAUAAACCAAUGAGACGAUCAUUGUCUGCUCAACACUUUGAGAGGAAAAAACGUGGUGGCACUGUUAAAUUUGGUCAACGAGAUCCUUUUGCUCGUAUUGAAUUUUCUCAAUCAAUGGAUGACGUUUCAAAACUAAAACCUUCCACCAUUCAACAUGACAUAUCACCUAUAGCAGAAAGCAGCCGGGAAUCAAGUAUAGUUUUUAAAACUCCAUCAGCUUAUGAACGGCGAAGCAUUGCUAAGUCUACUCCGAAAUCAAUUCUCAGCACUCGAAGGUCGCUGUACCGUCCUGCGACACCAUUGCCUUCCUUAUAUGACUUACAGAAGAGAUUAAACGACUGGCUGGUAAAAAGGGGAAAAAGUCUUGGUUCUUUCCACCAUUUAAAAUGUUUUGGAGAACAAGAUAAGGAGUUAGAAAUUGUAGAUGAAGAGAACAAAGAAAACAUUGAGGUCAAUCAAGAUUUAAGUAAAGGUAGCUACGAAGAAUUGAGAAUUGAACAUUCAAAUUAUGAGUGUCCUUCAGAAAGUACUACUGCUAAGCCGUUGGUAUUGAAUGACGGAAAUGCCGAGGGUAUUGCUAAAGCGGCCUUGGAAGAUUUGGUAAAAUUAAUACAAGAUGGAUAUCCUAGGCCACAGUGCGAAGGGUGGUUGGAAUUAAUUCGACAAAAAUAUCAGAAACUCGAAGAGGAACCUCAGUAUUGGGAGUGUCGAGCUGCCAUCGAACAGUCCAGAGGUAAUAUUAGUAACGCUGUCCAAUGUUAUCGAACUGCCAUUGUUCAGGGAGCAGAGAUUCAAUCUGUCGAUGAAUCCCUCGACAUUCUCCUGCAGAAGUUCAGUCUGUUAAACAUCAGCACUAAAGAUGUCGCGAAUGAAAAAUCUGUAAAUGAAAGAGCAAGGAUUGUGAAAGACGCAAGGAACGUCUUUAAGUCGUCCAUCAUUCAAUUCGCCGUCCAAGAAAGGAAGUUGAAAAAGGAUGGAAGCAUAAAAAAUGAAAAAAAAUUUGUAGCUACGCCAGUUAGAAGAAGUACACGACUUUCUAGAUCUGCUUAUACUUCUACACCUAGCAUCAAACUUUGUUCUUCCCUUCAAGAAUUGGAAACUACCGAUAGGGAAAUGUUGGAUUUCAAAAAGAAUAAAGCGCUUUUAUAAUUUUUUUGUUUAUUUUAACAAUCACUAACCAAAAAUUAAUGUAUAUAACGUUGUUUUUAAUCUAAACUUAUUUACUUAAUAUUGCAUCUACUAAAAUAUG